AUGUUGGACUCGACCUUUGUGGUCCAGCAAGCCGGGCAUUAUAUCUCCAAAGCCUUGAACUCCAGAGACGAUGCUUUGUGGUCCAACACUCUGGCGAUUCCACUCUAUGCUUCUUGUCUAUCCUUCCUGGUCCUUUUCAUCCGCAAUGUAGUCUCCUCCGUCAAGUCUCGACGCUCCGUGACCCGCUUCGUCUGGGCGAGCGAAGGACGAAACAGUUCUCCGGACGCGGAUGUGACUCAGGAUUUCAGCGGACGCGUCAGUGCCCAUGGUGGGGCGCUAAUCUUCACAUCAGAAAUCCUUCGCCUGGCUGGUUGCGUGGCAGCAGCCGGCCUCUCCAUAUCUUGGUUUACUAGCUCUAAAACCAGUGCAAUUGGACUCUACUGCAUUGUCCUCAUCUAUACCUGCGUCCUUACAUUUUUCUCCGUACUCCCCAGAAAACCUUCACUAGCCUCCAGCCAUGCCACGCUCAUCCUGGUGGUCGCGUGGGCUGUGCUUUUCAUCCGCGACGUUAUCCCUUUCCUGACAUACACAGAGUUUCCCGUGGAAGAAGGUCCAAUUGUGUAUGCGAUUUUCGGCGUUCUCACUUUUACCGGUGUCUUAUUGCCACUUUUCACGCCAAGAGCAUAUAUUCCUUGCGAUCCUGCUGAUCCGAUGCCUCCGAAUCCCCUGCAGACCGCUUCGCCGUGGUCUCGCAUUCUCUUCUUCUACCUGGACAACAUUAUUUGGAAGGCGUACAAUGUUCCUCAUCUGCCUCUAUCGGAAUUACCUCCAUUAGCCGAUGAAGACCACGUCAAGCACCUUGUACGCAUCGCUUUCCCGCAUUGCGAUCCGCUUUGGAAGACGUCAGAGGUACAAGACAGCAAGGGGGAUACAAAGGCGAAGAAGGCUUUUGGCCAUUGGCGCAUGCUGCUUGCGCUAGUCAUUGUCUUCCGUCGUGAGCUCGCCAUCGUCUGUUUCCUCAUAACAUGUCAGUCGGCCGCACAACUUUUCUCUCCAUACGGUCUCCGACAUCUCUUGAUGUAUCUGGAGAGCUCCGGGGAGGGCGCGAUCGUCCGACCUUGGGUUUGGGUCCUCUCCCUCUUCCUUGCGCCCUUUGCUUCUGCUGUACUCUUGCAAAACUAUCAACAGAUCAACUCGAGGAUUAUUACAUGCACAGAGUCUAUUCUCACCCAAUUGGUCUUGCAGCAUGCGUUGCGCAUUCGGAUGGUUGUGGACACCAAUGCCGAUUCUAAGGCUUCUCCUUCUGGGACCACGACACCCGUCACCUCAGAGAGCACUGUAGCUACCGACGGCCCUGCGUCCGUAUCCACAUCUGACACGAACGGGCACCAGUCACAGGAUGUGGAAGCUGGAUCCGACUCGGGAACGACGGCUCAGGAUUCUGAAGCUUCUACACUCGUCCCAACUCCAUCGACAACGACAUCCGCGACAUCCAAAAGUCUUGUUGGACGCAUGAACAACUUGAUAUCCUCGGAUUUGCAAGCGCUCGGGAGAAGCACGGACGUCUUGCAGAUUCUUGUGGCUGUGCCCCUUGGGAUAAUUGGGUCCACCGUGUUUCUCUACAACAUUCUUGGGUGGAGCGCAUUGGCAGGGCUUGGAUUCACGUUGUUAGGGUUGCCCAUUCCGGGUUUUUUCUCCAAACUAUUACAAGAUGCUUCUCGAGAAGUCUCGAAAAAGAGUGAUGAUCGUGUCGAGCUCGUCACCGAAACACUUGGUGUGAUCAGGAUGAUAAAAAUGUUCGGUUGGGAGCAUAAGAUGAGCGAAUCCAUCAACGAGAAACGCCAAAUAGAGCUUGGUUGGCUCUUCAAGAGUAAAGUCCUUUCAUUGUUAACGAUGAGUUGCCAGUUCAUCAUCCCAUGUUUGACCGAGGCUGCGACGUACAGUUUCUAUGCACUCGUGAUGAAAGGAACCUUGGAUGCUGCCACUGUAUUCGCCUCUAUUGCGCUCUUUGAGAUCCUUCGAAACAAGCUGCAACAAUCGCUCUUUCUCCUGCCAAUAGCCAUUAAGGCAAAGGUCUCUCUUGACCGUAUCACGGACUUCCUGACUGAGACUGAACUCCUAGAUGAGUUUACACCUGAAAACGUUGUUUUUCCGGUAACGGUACCAUCCGUCGAGACGGAUGAUAUCGGAUUCAGAGCCGCGACAUUUACUUGGUUCAAUGAGGGCAUACCGGGCACUGCGACACCGUCGAAACGGCGCUUUACACUGCACGUUGAGGAUGAACUAUUGUUUAAGAAGGCAUGCAUCAAUCUCAUUGUUGGGCCCACAGGCUGUGGGAAGACUUCGCUCUUGAUGGCUCUUUUGGGCGAGAUGCAUUUCGUAGAAGCAGGACCUGGUUCGUGGUUCAACCUUCCAAGAGCUGGAGGCGUGGCGUAUGCUGCUCAGGAAUCUUGGGUCAUGAAUGCUACUAUCAAGGAGAAUAUUCUCUUCGAGUCUCCCUUUGACGAGGAUCGAUACGCUCAAGUGAUACAUCAAUGUGGCCUUACGCAUGAUCUUUCCCUAUUCGAUGCUGGCGAUGAAACUGAAAUUGGCGAGCGGGGCGUCACACUCAGUGGCGGACAAAAGGCUCGGGUGACCUUGGCGCGUGCUGUCUACUCUUCUGCGGAGAUAAUUCUGUUAGAUGAUGUUCUCGCCGCGCUAGAUGUCCAUACGGCCAAAUGGAUCGUCGAAAAGUGCUUCACAGGGCCUCUUAUCCAAGGAAGGACCGUACUUCUGGUUACUCACAACGUCAGUCUCACGGCACCGAUUGCCGACUUCGUGGUUUCUCUCGGGUCAGACGGCCAAAUCCUCAGCCAAGGAACAAUGUCAGAGGCUCUGGCCAAGAGCUCGAAACUCAGAGAAGAAGCUAAACACGAGUUUGAGGUAGAAGAGAAAGCUGCAGAAGAGAUCGAUGUACCUGCCCUUGGUGAAGAAGUGGCAAAGAAAGAAGACAAAAAAGACGGAAAGCUCGUCCUUGAAGAGGAAACCGCUGAGGGUCACAUCAGCUGGCAGUCGUUCAAAAUGUACGUUGAGGCUCUGGGUGGCCCUGUAUUCUGGCCCAUAUUCGUAGUAGCGACUUUCUUCGAAUGCACUAUCGAGGUGCUUCAGCCUUGGAUCCUGGGAGAAUGGGCAAAUCAGUAUCUGAGCCAUCGUCCAGAAGACGUCAACGUUCCUUUCUAUCUCGGUGCAUACGUCACGUUCUGUGUAGGCAUGGUUGUAGUCUACGGUAUCGUACAGGUGGUCCUCUUCAAAGGCGCUUUACGAGCCUCCAACCUGCUCCAUCAAAGGCUCAUCUCUACCAUUCUGAGCACUACUCUGAGAUGGCUCGACAAGACACCAAUGUCACGCAUAAUUACUAGAUGUACUCAAGAUGUUUCUUCAGUCGACUCCGUCAUUCCCGAUGUUUUUUCUCAGGUUUUUGAAAUCGGAGUGGUCCUUACCGUACGCUUUUUCGCCGUGCUUGUCUUCACUCCAAAAGUCGGACUUAUUGGGAUAAUCAUCGCGGCUGCUGGAGGUACCUUGGGGAAUAUCUAUAUUAAGGCGCAGCUAUCAGUGAAGCGAGAGCUGAGUAAGGCGAAGGCACCCGUGGUAGCCCAUUUUGGUGCUGCCGUCGAAGGCAUCGUCUCAAUCCGCGCCUACGGCGCUCAGGAGUCCAUACUGUUGAAAUCUACUGCCAAAAUUGAUGAAUAUACUCGUGCAAACCGUGUAUUCAACGACUUGAACAAAUGGAUCGGCGUUCGCGUUAAUGGCUUAGGUGGCCUGUUCGCUGCCGCGUUGGGGAUUUAUUUUGUGUAUGGCCACACGAACGUCAAUCCGUCCAAUACAGCUUUCACCUUGACGAUGGCUGUCAGCUUUGGUCAGCUGAUUCUGUGGUUUGUCCAACAACUCAACCAGUUCGAAGUCAACGGGAAUAGUCUUGAACGUCUACAGCAGUACAUGGUCAUCGAACAAGAGCCCCAGCCUGUCCUGGAUAGAUUGCCACCUGCAUACUGGCCUUCGAGUGGCGAUUUGAAAGUCGAAAACCUCAGCGCACGAUACUCCAACGAUGGUCCCAAGGUAUUACAUAACCUCUCCUUUGAGAUCAAGGCCGGAGAGCGUGUCGGCAUCGUCGGACGUACCGGUAGCGGGAAGAGUUCCUUGACGUUGGCUUUGCUACGAUGCAUCAUCACCGAAGGAGAGGUUUAUUAUGAUGGCUUGCCCAUCUCUUCGGUGAACUUGGACUCGCUCCGAAGCCAUAUCACUAUCAUACCUCAAGUGCCUGAGCUUCUGAGUGGCACGCUCCGACGCAACUUGGACCCAUUCGAUCAAUUUGACGACGCUGUACUUAACGCAGCCCUUCGUUCCGCUGGUCUUUAUUCGAUUCAAAGCGAAGGAGAGGAGAGUAUGAUCACGCUAGAUACUCCCAUGGCUCGUGGCGGAAGUAAUCUCUCGGUGGGGCAACGCCAAAUCAUCGCGUUGGCCCGAGCGAUGGUACGCGAGAGUAAGCUACUCAUUUUGGACGAAGCGACGUCCGCGAUCGAUUAUAAAACGGACUCCGUGAUCCAGGAGUCGUUGAGGACUGAGCUGAAGAAGGAUGUGACGAUCAUCACUAUUGCCCAUCGUCUUCAAACCAUUAUGGAUGCCGAUAAAAUUAUGGUCCUCGACGCUGGAAAUAUCGUCGAGUUUGACAGGCCGAGCGAGCUCCUGAAGAAGGAAGGCGGAUUUUUGAAAUCAUUAGUGGACGAAAGCGGGGACAGCGACGCGUUAUAUGCCGCUGCUGUUACCUCCGUAAGUAUUUAG